GGAAGGCAGAAACACUGGAGGAAGAUAAAGUUCCCUGCAGCUGGAUCCCAGUCUGACCGAGCCACCGUUCACGAGCUCACGGACGGAUUGGGGAAUAAACGACGACCGGCUCGCAGGAAAAUCAGGACUUCGUUGCCAGAGGAGUAGGAAGAGGAAAAGUGUGAAGGAGGGAUAACCGCUCGGAUCAUGAGAGUAGAUGCCGUCUUUCCUGAGCUCGGAUUUCACAAAAUGAGAAACCACCGCAGUUCUGCAGAGCUCCAGCGACAGAGCGAGAAUGCCAUCUGCUAGCACCAUGACAGGCGGUAGAGCUCUGCUGCUCUGUACGAACACAGAGGACUGCAUCUACCAAUCAGCAAACGGUCUCCGGUGCUGCGGGUUGAAGUUCGAUCAGGCCCAAUCCGUGGUGCUUCAAAGGCCGGACCUGUGUGGGGUUGGGGACAGUCUUGCAUCUCUGAGAAACUUCAACCAAAGCUCAGGACAUCCCAUCAUGCUCGCUCACAAAGGGCCCUCUAAUCCUCGACCCGUCAAGAACGGUCUGGCGGACUGCACCAGGUCUCCGAGAACUCCUAAGAGCGCCGCAAGCAUUCGGGACAAGAUAUCCCAAUGGGAAGGUAAAACAGAGACCGUCGUGUCGAACCCUCAAACGACGGGACUGAAGGACGCUGAAGGUGUGAAGAAGAAGGUACAGCCGGAGAUACAACGGAAAGACAGCAAGAGAGCUUUUAACUGGGAGAGACAGAACUCGGGGAAAGAAAACAGCAGCAGGUUUGGAGAAUCUCAACACACUUCUGAUGGACCUGAAGAGUCGAUUUCCGAUAAAGUCACGCUUGGAAAAGUGACUGAACCUGCUCAGGAUCAAAAGUCCGUAUUGACACACAUUAAAAAACUUGAGCAAGCCAUGAAGGAGACUCCCUCGAAAUCUUCCUUGGGGAUGCCUGGGAAUUAUUUCUGCCCUAGCUUCAAGGAGGGGCAGGAGGAGGCAGAGAGGAGGGCGACGGAACCCAUCUUCGGGACUCGGGACGUGUCGAGACCCGGCAGCCGUCGAGGUCGCGACCCGGAGAACUUCUACAGUGAACCUGGAGCUCCUUCAAUUAACCCUCUACCCAAACCUCAAAGAACCUUCCAGCAUCACACGCAGACAUUUAGCCCCGCAGCCAAGCAAAGUACCGUCAAGGGUCGAAGGAAUCUUCCCCCAUUACCCUCCAUUCCUCCUCCACCCCUCCCGUCCUGUCCUCCACCUCCGGGAGUCUGUCGGAGGCCAUCAGGACGGACUCGAGAUAGUAACAACAGGAAAUCGUACGAGUUUGAAGAUCUUCUACAGAUGGGAGCAGACGGUUGUCGAGCGGAUGAGUACGAGCUCUCGAAGCUAGGCCUCACACGCACUUUAUCAGAAGAGAACGUCUACGAGGACAUCUUAGACCCUCCCUCGAAAGAGAACCCGUACGAAGACAUAGAAGUGAAAGGUCGAUGUCUGUGGAGUAAAUAUCCUGAUCCUUCAGCGCCGUCCUCUCCUGUUCCCGACACCCCGUCUAAGCUCUCGUCCAAGUCCGGUUUCUUCAGACAGAACUCUGAGCGACGGAGCUUCAAACUGCUGGAACUGCGGAAGACCGGCAGAGACGGAGGUGUGGCGUCUCCACCACGGGUCAGUCCUCCAUCAACACCCAGCAGCCCUGAUGACACCCCGUGCCUGUCGGGUGACCCCUAUAACCGCAGACGCAGAAAGAUUCCAAAGAUGGUGCAGAAGAUCAACGGCGUCUUUGAAGCCCGUCGGGGGAAGAAGAGAAUGAAACGGGUCUCGCAGUCCACCGAGUCCAGUUCAGGACGAGUGACGGAUGAGAACAGCGAGUCUGAAAGUGACACGGAGGAGAAACUGAAGGCUCACAGUCAGAGGCUGGUGUCGGUUCAGUCUAUGUUACGGCAGACCGGUCGAUAUCGUACUCUGGAGCGAGACCUGAUGGAGCUUCAGGAGAGAAAGUUGUUUGAGUAUUUUCUAGUCGUGGCUCUUCAUAAGACCAAAGCAGGCGUGCCGUAUCUACCUGAAGUCGCGCAGCAGUUUCCUCUCAAGUUGGAGCGCAGUUUUAAGUUCAUGCGGGAGGCUGAAGAUCAGCUGAAGGUCAUACCGCAGUUCUGUUUCCCCGAUGCUAAAGACUGGGCACCCGUGGACAGUUUUCCCAGUGAGACCUUCUCGUUUGUCUUAACCGGAGAAGAUGGAAGUCGGAGGUUCGGUUACUGUCGGCGUUUACUGCCCAGUGGUAAAGGGAGGCGUCUACCUGAAGUCUACUGUAUAGUGAGCAGACUGGGCUGUUUCGAUCUCUUCUCUAAGAUUCUGGACGAGGUUGAGAAGAGACGAGCCAUCUCUCCAGCGCUGGUCCAGCCGUUCAUGAGAGGAAUCAUGGAAGCUCCGUUCCCAGCGCCGGGCAGAACCAUCAGCAUCAAGAACUUUCUGCCGGGCUCAGGAACAGAGGUGAUCGAGUUGUGUCGUCCGUCAGAUUCCCGUCUGGAACACGUGGAUUUUGAGUGUUUGUUUUCUUCUCUCAGUCUGCGUUUGCUUCUGCGAGUGUUUGCGUCUCUUCUGCUGGAGCGGCGGGUCAUCUUCACCGCUGACAAACUCAGCACUCUCUCUAAAUGUUGUCAUGCCAUUGUGGCUUUGCUCUACCCGUUCACGUGGCAACACACCUACAUCCCCGUUCUGCCGCCCUCCAUGUUGGACAUCGUCUGUACGCCGACCCCCUUCAUCGUCGGGCUGUUAUCAAACUCUCUGUCCCGUCUGAAAGAGCUUCCUUUAGAAGAGGUCCUGGUGGUUGACCUCGGCAGCAGUCGUUUCCUGCGGCAGAUGGACGAUGAAGACUCUAUUCUUCCUCACAAACUUCAGGCCGCUCUGGAACAUGUUCUAGAACAGCGAAAAGAACUCGCCUGGGAUGUUGCAGAUCCUCCAAACGAAGCGUGUUCUCUGAGCACCGUGGUGUCGGAGGCGUUCGUGCGGUUCUUCGUGGAGAUCGUGGGUCAUUAUCCUCUCUUCAUGGGCGGCAGCGACCGCGAUGAAGAAUCUUCCGCCUCGUCUUCCUCCUCCCCGACUCCUUCAGCGUUCCAGCGCGAGGCGUUCCGCAAGGCCGUGUCCUCCAAGAGUCUGAGGAGAUUUCUGGAGGUGUUCAUGGAAACGCAGAUGUUCACAGGGUUUAUGCAGGAGAGAGAGUUCCGGAGGCAGGGCCUGAAAGGUUUAUUUGAGAUACGGGCACAGGACUAUCUGGAUUCUCUACCAGGCGGUGAACAUCGAGGCGUCAACAAGUUCCUCAAAGGUUUAGCCACAAUGCAUUCUGAUUCUGAGCAUACACCCGAUGUACACUCGCUCACUCAUAUUUCCCAUGAUACAACGCGAAUCAACCGUCUGAUUGGAAUCAGCUGGAGGAGAGUGACCGUUAAUGCCACCAAUGACACAAGAUGAAAUUCCUGUCCAAAAGGUGAAAGCGUUUGUUAGACUCACACACACCAAAAUAACAGACCAAAACGCAGGACGCACGACAGAGACCCGAGAGAAUGUGAGGACCAGCAUCACCGUCAAGUGAAGAAAAAACUGAGAAUGUUAAACGUCCCGAUCGGAUGCGGUGGAGUCCGUUCUAGAGAUGAACUCUUCUGUGUGUAUGCUGUACUUCUUUCUCUUGUCUUCUACAUUUCAGACGUCAUUAUGAGAUAGAGUACAGCUUCUUCUGCAGCAGGAGGCUAUACGUUAAUUUAUAUUCUUUUUUAGAAAUAUAAAGAUUUCCUUUGUAAAACUAUGUUUCCUUUGAAUUUAAAUCAAAGCAAAAAGUAAUUGAUGAUGUUAGUUUGUUAAAGACUAUUUAUCGUGGCAUAUUACAAGCUUGAGGUUUUCGACCACUUUGAGUUUCCGAGAAACACGGCACUGGGAUUUAUUGAUGGAAGUUUUGUUCUGGAUUAGAGAAGGGGAAGAUCUGCAGGAUCUGUUCUAGAAUUCACGAGCACAGCGUUACAGCGUUAAAAAAAGUUCUUGAUUUAAACCAGAACAAAACUUGAGAUUGGAGAUGUUCUCUAUGUAAUGUCAUUUCAGGAACACCACUAGAGUUACAUCGAAACGAUCUUUUUAAAUAAAGACAUUUCUGUCAGAUCUGAUCCGACUCUUCAGUGUUUCACUGCUGUAAAUAACAGAACUCUGCAUGUGUACAGCUGGGGAUGAAACGCUCGUAGUGGAGAGUAAAACUGUGUUUUAUCCGCAGUGCGAGUAUUCUAGAAUGGUGCUUUACUCUGGCAUUUUUGCAGGAGAUUGUGUUUCAUUUACCUCAAUCUGUACAUUUUGAACCAAUUUGUAUUUUAUACAACCAAUUUGGGUAUUCUAAUGGUUUAUCUAUGUAAUAUGGUGCAAAAUUAUUUAAAAUAUAAAUGUUAAUAAAAUUUGAGAAUGGCCAAGCAAAUGA